UUUUUGUGCUUUCCUUCGACGUCCUUCAUCAUUUUAUCCCCGUAUUAUUAUGCCUCGUCGCGUCCAUUCCUCUUCCAUGUUCCCUUCGCCAUCACGUAGCUCUAAAAGAAUAAAGUUGGAUCACCUCACCUCGGAGAGCUUCCGGAAUGGUGUCGUUCUAGCUCCAAUGGUUCGUUCUGGUGCUCUUCCAACUCGUUUAUUUGCGUUAAAACAUGGGGCAACGCUCGUAUGGGGUCCAGAGACAGUCGAUAAAGCUAUUUUACAUGCAGUGAGGGUCGUCAAUCCUGUCACUGGCGUCGUUUCCUACAACGGAAAAUCUCGAGCUAUAUGGACAACACAUCCGAUCGAGAAACCAUAUCUCAUAUAUCAGCUUGGGUCUGCCGAUCCCGAUCUCGCUGUUCAAGCAGCCAAAUCCGUAAUGCAGGAUAUAUCCGGGAUAGAUCUCAAUUGUGGUUGCCCAAAACCCUUUUCAACACACGCAGGAAUGGGAGCCGCUCUGCUCACGAAUCCGGAGCUAUUAUGUUCGAUUCUGACGGCGCUUCGAGAAGCUAUGCCACCUGAGAUCACUGUAUCAGCGAAGAUACGGUUGUUGCCCUCGCAGGAGGACACUUUGAAGCUCGUUGGAAGGAUUGUGAACACUGGUAUCAGUGCCUUGACAGUACACUGCCGUACGCGGAAUAUGAGGGAGAAGGACCCAGCUGUGAUUGAAAGGUUGAAAGAGAUAGUGGACUUUGUGGAGGGCAUGGGAAAGGGAAUAGCUGUGUUGGAAAACGGUGACUGUCUGGGUGCUUCCGACGCCAAACGGGUGCUUGAGAUGACGGGUGCUCAUUCCGUGAUGAUAGCAAGAGCUGCAGAGUUGAACCCUUCUGCAUUCUCCAUGACGCCUCUCACCGAUAUACAUCAAACUCUCAUACCAGCCUACCUUCGCCUCUCAAGAUAUAUCGACAAUCAUUGGUCGCUCACGAAAUUCUGUGUGUCUCAAUUCAAGGGAGGCUUCACGACCAGUAGCAAGGCCGAAGAAAAACGUGUCAGGGAGGCUGUUGUGAAGGCUCGCUCGUUUGAUGAUGUUGCGGAAAUUGCUGGUUCAUGGACAGGGGAAGAUGACUUCCGGGAUAUCGUCAAAGUGAUCGAAUCCCGGCCGUCUGGUAUCAAUCUUCAUUUGCCCUUGGAAAUAGGGUCAGAAGGAGACAUUACACCACUUGAGGUUGGUCCUGAUCCGGCAUUCUCAACACCAGAGGGUACACAGAAUCCUGAACCUCCUGGUUCUGGAGCCCCUUUGUUGGGUGUGGAUGAAUUACCUCGCCACCCCCCUGCGUUGUUAAUGAGUGAAGGGCCUUUGACCCCCACUCCUGGCGGCGGUAUCACUGUCUAG